AUGCGGGCUAGUUUCCUGUCUCGCGCCUUCGCCAUCUCCCCUACCCUCCAGUCCUUAGUCCGCUGUCCGCUCCCCUCCCAUCACCUUCGCGGGUCUCUCUUCUCCCCCCCCCCCCUCGUCGCCCUCUCUUCCUUCCCUCCCUCCCCGUCACCCUCGCUCUCCCCCCUCCCUUCCUGUCGACAACUUUUCUCCCCGUCGCCUUUCCCAUCGCUCACCUCGUCGGCUUUAGCUCUCUCCCCGAAAUGCCUUCCUCCCAACGCCUUUCUUCUAACCCCUCCCAUCACACACCUCGUCGCCUACGCUCUCUCUCUGAAACAGCCUCCCCACGCCCUUCCUCUCUCCCUUCCCAUCAUUUUUCCCGUCGCCUUCACGCUCUCCCUCCCGUCGCCUGCGCGCUUUCCCUCGCGUCGCCUGCGCGCUCUCCCUCCCGUCGCCUUCGCGCUCUCUCCCCCCUCGCCUUCGCGAUCUCCCUCCCGUCGCCUUCACGCUCUCCCUCCCGUCGCCUUCGCGCUCUCCAUCCCGUCGCCCUUGCAAUUUCCCCUCUCUUCCGUCGCCCACUUCAUCUCCUAUCGCUCACGUCCUCCCUCCCCUCGCCAUCGCGCUCACGUUCCUCCCUCCCCUCGCCAUCCCGUCGUUCGCCUCCUCUCUCCCAUUCCGUCGUUCGCUUCCCCCCCCCUCCCAUCCCGUCGUUCGCUUCCUCUCCCCUCCCAUCCCGUCGUUCGCUUCCUCUCCCCUCCCAUCCCGUCGUUCGCCUCCUCUCCCCUCCCAUCCCCUCGUUCCUCCUCUCUCCCCUUUCUUCCGUCGCUCUUGUACUCUCCCCUCCCAUCCGCUGGUUAUUACCUCAUCGGAACCUAUACCUAUUAA